UAUUACAGUAUGGUCAUUUAAAUAAAUAUUGAUAUCUGGUAUAAGCGACCGCUAUUUCAAAAAUAACAGAUGUUAAUUAAUUUGUAUUUCACAACAGUGUGUCAUUAAGACAUGUAGCAAAAUAUAAAAGUCAAUUGUUUACAUUAUUUUAAAUGUUACAUUUGGUAGUCAUGUGUCAUUAACUUUAAGAUGUUUGUUUCAGGCAGGAGCGAGGCAGCAAAAAGCACGUUAGAUCUCAUAACGGCUGGACAUGCAAGGUGGUGAAUCUUAAACGAACUUAAAGGCACGUGGCAGCAGAGGUCGCAACAGCUUACUUCAUAGGACUGGUGGUGUGUGACAAAUGAGAAAAGAUUUGUAGAACCAUGUCAUCAUUAGGGGAGGAAAUACGAGAUGCUGUGUUGGCUGUCCUACCUGGGCUACCAGAUGAUAAACUUUCUUCUCUCCUGAACACUUUGGCAAGCAUAGGAGUUGAAUCCAAAUCUGACCUGCAGUUCAUUAAAGAGCAGGAUCUCCCUGAUCACAUCACACCAAUACAGUGCCGUCGACUCCUCAGUGCAUGGAAUGCAGGAGAUCAAACAAGUUGUGUCAAAGUAACAUCUCGAGAAACCCCAAACCUGCUUUCUGAUACCACAACGGAGGUCUUCUUAUCAAAGUCUAGCUCAUCAAGCACACCAAGUGUGUCCAGCAGAGACAGUUCCAGUACAACUGUGGAUUUAUCUGUAUGGCCGGAAAACUUUGAAGUUCCCUGGAAUAGGAUGUCUUCUGAUAUUAAAACAGCCAUUGCACUGAGAAAACGCCCUACAGCAAAGGAUCGCAGAGAAAUGGUUAGAAUAAUUGUGGAUGAGAUGAGACUGACAGAGUUAAAUCCAUCGAAAUCACAGUGCCUGAUUGUGGCUAAGAAGAUAGUUAGACAAUAUCCGGAAUGCUUUGCUGAUGUCCUGCGAGAUGGCACAAAGAUUGGCACUGGUUAUGGAUCUCUGUUGACUCAAAUUAAAACACAAGUAGAGCAUGUUAAUCGUGGCUGCUCACUGUCAAGACGCAGGACACAGAAAAUUACCUCAAAUUCACCAGUGGAACACAUUGCUCCAGGACCUGCUGACCAGUACGGUUGUGUGAGAUGGCAGCCUGAGUGUCCUGUAGAAGAAACUGAGGAGAGUCUCAAAGAUAAACAAAAAGAAAUGAAAGACCUCUAUAGUACUGAGGGACCAGCUGGAGCAGAGAGAAGACAUCUCAGUCAAUUAAUGGAAGCAACAUACUAUCUCCAAAGAAAAUCAAUCAAUGCCUGUCCACCACCAUCCUUUGCUGAGUUGAAAAAUGACUGGCCAUACCUUUUUACACCCAAAGAACUUUAUAGCCACUUUAAAUCACUCACAAACAUAAGCAUUCUGGAAAAACUUGAGAACUCCAUGGAAGAGAAGGGAAAGAUGAUCAUUCAGUUUUUCCAACAAAAGCAAACAGGGUGUAAUGCAAAUGAGAUCCAGCGCAUACUUGUCAAGUUUGAUGAUAGUGGAGCAUCUUGUAUCAUCCCAUGCGUGAUCCUUCUACUUCUAUUCCAUUUCAAAGAGAAGCCUGAAGCACUCAUUCUUCAGGCUGAUGUAGCGGCAACAGAAGCUGAUGUUGAAAAUAGUUUCACUCUUCCAGACUCACCAAGACUGAUCGUCCUAGGUGAAAUCCUCACUGCAACUCAGUGGAUGCUGAGUAUUGAAGGUCAGGUGGUUGUGAGUCCACACCCAAACCUUGUGGCUGGAUUUGCAGCCUUGUUUGCAGCAUACUACAACUUUAACCUGGUUUACCAGGAGGAGGCAUCCUCCACACUUGAAUUUGUUCAAAGAUGUUUUGUUGGAAUCAACCCUACCACUGGAACCAAGACAGCCACAACAAAGGUUGGAGGCAGAAAAAGUGGAAAAGCCUCUGAGAAAAGAAACAACACCGUAAACCCUCAUGUGUGUACUCUUCUCAGAAAAUUAAUGGACUUUGAAUGGUUACGCAUGUAAGUUCUUGUUCAUGUAUUUAGACCUUACUGGUUCUUACUGGUGACUUUCCUUGUGUAUAUGUUGUUUUUAUAGAUAAAUAUGGUUUCAAUGUUCUUACUUUAGAGAAUGGACAAAUUAAAAGAGACCAUUCGUGUUCCUCAGAGAAUCAAAUGGAAUUAUUUUUGUUGGUAAAAAACCCGGAAAUAUGCUGUCUAAAUAUGCUUUAAGCCUUUUAAUACUUACUUCUUCACAAUUUUAGUUAUAUUUUUUCUUACUGGAUUUAUCACAUAAUGUUACGUUAUGUGGGCACUCUGUAGAUGUUUAUUUUGUUCCGCAUUAUACUUGACAGUAAUGUCAAAUUGCACAUCGUUGAAAUGCAACAAUUCCAAUAUUACUGCCGAGAAUUAAAAUUCGCCAAUGUGAAGAAGUUGUUCAUGUAUUAAGACCAAAACAUGUUUCAAAUAGGCCAGUUCUGUGAAUAAAGAAUUGUGUUUUUGACAUACAAGUUAUGUUAUGUUCCAACACAGAUGUAACACUAUCUUAAAUGUAACACAAACUGUGUUUAAAUGUUUUAUAGAUGGCAUUUUUUUAAUAUUGAAUAUUCAGGAUUGAGUGGAAGAUUUGCUGAAACAACAGCAUAUGUUUGAUUGUUUGAAAGUACAGAAACUGUUGUCAGUUUUAAUAAAUGUUGUUAUUGAAGCA